CGCGUCAGACAGUGACUGAUACAGGAACUGUAUCGGUCACGUGGUUUCCCAACGCGAUACGCGCACCGACACUGUGUUUCGCUCUAAGAGCUCGACGCAGGCGCUGACGCAUCGGUGUUGCCGGACCCAUCACUACAGGGAAGACGCUUCGCUGGAGACUCCGCGGGUGGAUGGUGAUGAAGAUGAAGAACUACCUGCUCCCUGUGUUCAUGUUGGUGAUGGCCACUUUGGUGCACGGCGUUAAGAAUCACGCCAACGCAACGAAAGCUCCAAGAACAACAACUCACGCUCCAAAAACAACAACACGUGCUCCAGGAACAACUCUAGCUCCUAAUACAACAACUCAUGCUUCAACAACAACCACAGCAAAUCCUCCAGUCAACCUCGAAGGGAAGAUGUUCACUAUGUCGCUUGGAGGAGGAGGAAUGUCCUUCAGUGCACCUCAUGCACAGCCUCGUAGCAGCAGUGUCUCUGUGUGUCUGCGUUACAUCAUUGACUACACGUCAGAGGACUCACAGAUCUUCACCCUCAGCCCGUCCAGCAGCCCCCUGACGCUGGGGGACAAGGGUGCUAGCAGGUAUGUGCUGUCCCUCAACCAUUAUGACUACUCCUUGCUACCAAAUGUGUACGUCUGGUCGAUGAUGGAACCGGAGCUGUGGACCAGCGUCUGUGUCGUCGUGGACUCAGGGAGGAAUGUGAUUCAGGCGUUUCAUGGCUCCCACAUGAGCAUCAGGAAGCUGCUGUCUCGACCGUAUGAGUGGUCUGGUGAGCAGGUGCUUGACUUUUCAGGGUUUGAUGGCCAGUUAACAGACGUCCAGGUUUGGGAUUAUCCUCUGCGCUCCAGUGAAGUCUACAACUACAUGAGCGGUGGUCGUUUUGGGCGCUACCGCGGCUCAGCCCUCAGCUGGUCGUCCGUCUGGUACAAGCUCUAUGGAAACACGCUGCUGGAGGAAGCCUAUGGGCGACCAGUGAAGGCGCUGGGCAGGAGCCAAGGACGGAAACUGGAAACUGUGGAGCAGCAGCUUAAAUGAAAUGUCUUUGUUCUCUGGACUUCACUUCAUGAAUAAAGCUCACGUUGAACCUGAUGAUAAAAACAAUUUGAUGAUGAUUAACGAAUCAAAGCAUCAGAAAAAUUAUGAUUGAUUAUACUGCCACAAUAUGUCUGAUGUGUAACUGCGUAUUGGGUUUUUCUCUUUUUAAGUAAUCACAUUGUUGGGUGUCCAAUAAAAUACUGACUUAUUGACCCUU